AUGACGCUCUUCAGUCCGACCACGAUUCUCGUGGGCUUCCUUUUCUUAUACCUCCUAUCCUUCCUUAUCUUCGCCAUUGUCCGAAUUGCAACCGGAGUCUCCAUUCAGCGAAUAGGAUACCUCUCUCUCCGUCGAAUUAGCUAUGUCCCGAAAGAUGGCGUGCAGAUCGAACUCCGUGGCCUCGGGCUGUCCUUACAUCCACCGUCAUUCGCGCAACCUACAUGGCUCAGUCUCAAGCUAACAGAGCUCAAAGUGACGCUGGAUCCGUCAGCUUUGGGAAAAGCUCGCAAGCCAAUGAACAGACCCGAUGCCUUGGAGCCGCAGAGUCCUUCGGAGGACGAUGAUUCGAACAAGGAAAGCACGGAAACGGCUGGGCACACCGCUAAGCAGCGGAGUAAGACGUGGAAGAGCUUGAUGCGCAUCAAGGAGCAAGUGAAACAGUUACAUCGGAAAAUUCAUUGGUUGAAGUUGGUGGAUGUCGUGGCCGUCAAUACUACCAUCAAUAUUGUCGAAGCUGGUCAGAUACAAGUGGGAUCGCUGUCCCUGGGAGUCGAUACUAGGCGCAAAAUGGUCGAUCGAGGCACAUUGUAUCGGUCUGGGAACACCGAUGCUAGCGAACAGAAGCCUGCUGAGUGGAUCAUGAACGUUCAGAAUGUGCUCCUGGCCGUUGAUGGAGGCGAAUCGACCGAAGUGCUAGACAAUAUUCGCGUGCAUAUACAUGGUCUUCUCCAUAAAGAACUGGAUGGCCUCAGAGAUGCUUCGAUAGCUUUCAAGGUUGGAAGGAUGCAUAUUCCAUAUGACGACUUUAUGACAUUCAUGCACCGCGUCAAGAAAUCCAAGCAGUCGCCGAAAGAGCCUGUGGAUAGCAACAACACCGACGACGAGAUGUCGUUUGCUGACUUCGUCGAAGAACUUGAUCAACCCGGGAGUAGGGAUGACUCAAUUGUACAGACCGUCGCAGAUUCGAAAGAGUUUGCCGGUUCUAUACUACGCGGCAUACAAGGGAUCCAGGUGGCGCUGAGCUUUUUCCGCCUGUCUCGAGCUUUCCAACCGUCGUCCGAAAAGCAAACUCCAAUCUUUCUCAAUAUCGUAUCUCACGAAAUAGGCAUCGACUUACACCGAAUGGAUCAGCAGAGUCCUGCCCAUCGGAUGUAUUUUCAGCGCAAGGACGUCGCGCAUCAGGCUCUUCUUGCCGCCAUCUCUCUCUCGGUUAGCUUGGACGACGGCUCAGGUGAAAGCGACAACAUACUCUAUAUCCCGAUGGCCACAACGACGAUCAAGACCACUCUUCCUUCCAAAACCAUCAGCUCUUUUGACGACUACAACCCGGAGGAGCGCAACACUAAUAUUCUGUUUGCCAAUUUGGUUGUUACCUCACCUUCCCUCGAUCUUGAGCCAAGGCAGGUUUCUAGACUCCUCGGACUGUCGCAGUCCCGCAGACCAUCACCCAGAGGCAAGAAGAGAGACAAUAAUCGCCUGAUAUCGCGAUUGCUUCCCAAAGCAAGUAUCAAAGUAUCCAUUCACGAGCCGGUGGUUAGAUUUGUUCUGCCGAUUACCAGCCCAGACCGAACCUCCAACGAUGACUACAAUCUUCUCAUAUCAUCGAUAUCAGCAAUUUCGCUUGAUAUCGAGUCUUCGCACUCUUCGGAAGGUGGAGUGCAUUACUCAUUGUCCUCAAUUUAUCGGGUGGCUUCGCACAAAUUAUAUUAUCAGACACCAUCUGGUAUUAAACAUAACCUCCUCACAACUGAGUCGUUGGAGUUCAAGGUUCUAUUGAGUGCUUCUCCAGAGGUACGCGUGAUGGCAUCAGGUAAUCUCAAUACUGCCUCCGCACACAUGGUCAAUGAUGAAGUGAAUCGCGGAAUUUACGAGGUGAUUGAACAAUUCCGCGCUCAUACCAAGCAUAAGAGAACGGUAUCUAUGUCCAUCGAAGAGCGGAAGCCUAGUAUACUGAGGCGUGUCCCCCCAUGGCUCCUUAGGUUCCAGUUUGAGGCCACUGGUCUUAGCUUGGAGAUUGCCGGUGUUGAUGCCAGUGUCUCUUCGCUAUCUCGCGGCGUCUCAUUUCAGCUGCAAUCAUGGACCGCAGACUACAAGGCCCAGAAGUCUGAGCCGAUUGCUGUCAGCUUCUCAAGGCGACGUACGCCUAGUCAUUCAACGAUAGGUGAUGAGUCGUCCUUCAAAUUUCCUACCUCACCGCCAAGGCAGAAGCUAGGCGUCGCUGCCGAUGGUCGUCGACUUGCCAUUCAUGUCCGUGGCUUCGAAGGAUUCGUUAUUGAAUCGGAAGAUUUCCUAGAGGCUGAACCCUUUUUCUCCCUUCCGAGGUUCGAGGUUGCUUUGAGCACUAUGAGCGAUCGCCUGGGACCGAUUUUCAACAUCAAUUCUGUCUUCAAAGGGGUGUACCUCCAGUAUUCGCUCUACCGGUAUUACUGUCUUGGGGUUGCUGUUUCUGUGCUUAAGAACGCUUUCAUGCGUAGGGCAUCUGGAAAUCAAGACCAAGAAGCAUCCCAAGGUCUGAACGGCUUCUCUUCUCCGUCGUCGCGGGCUUCUUCCAGAGGCGAGCUUGUCACCGUCGAUGUGAGGGCAACAGUCAUUCAAGUCAAGACUUUCCUCCCUGCGGAUCCCCCGAUGUUGCUGCAAAUCUACGGGCUCACAGGGGGGUCUCACCGUCUCUCUACUCCUUUUGUUCGAGCUCAUUUGGUACGAUUGCAUGCCGAAGCUCCCAAGCUCAAGGGGAUCUGGGCUAGAAUCAUAAGCAUGAACAAUGUCAGGCUUGACUUGCGCAAGAUGAAAAUAAAGCAGGGUACGAGCAUGGUUGAGCAGAAAUCAAUCGAUGUUUGGGCGGACUUUAUCCGACUUGGAGUUCCGCAUCAUAUGGUCAUGCAUCGCAUCUUUGACAACUUCAUCAAUACGUCUAAGGCACUCAAGCAACUUCAUCAACGGUUCAAGGGUCAUUCGGCUGAAUUUGGAGCAGCAAGAGACCCAGAAGACCCGAAGAAGGUCCCUAGGAUCUCCUUGCGCAGCAAAGCAUUACUUUUUGAGAUGGAAGAUGAUGCUUUUGAAUGGAAGCUUGGGUGCAUCUACCGCACUGGUUUACUGGAGCAGCGUCAGCGCCUGGCGAGGGAAGAGGCGUUUGAAUUAAAAUUGCAGAAGAUCAAGGAGACAGAUCAGCGACGCACUUCAUCCAGGCUUCGUACUAGGUCAAGCCACCGGACUCUUCGCAGUGAACGCCAGAGUGAGGAGAGAAGGAGAAGUAGGAGUGCCGAUGCAAAGCUGCGGAAGAGCUUGAAUGAUGACAAACGUGGACGAGACAGGAAGUUCCGUUAUGAUACGGAAGGUGCUGCUUGUCUAUCGUGCGAAUCCAAAGUAUCUGCCGAGAACGCGUGGUACCGGCUUCAGGAGCACAAUGCCCGAUCCUGGAAAUCAAAGAUUGACUCCGCGCUACGGUUCCAGGGUACGUCGAUCAGGGAGGUGAGAAACCUUUUCUCCGGCGCGGACGAACCGCCAGAAGACGUGCAAGAGACAGAAACUGUCCUGUCAAUCCCCAAUCGACCUGCUAUCUUGUCUGCUUUGAUAAGUGACAUCAAUCUUGUGAUCGACAAGCCGUCUUUUCCCCUGGAAGACUAUCCCAAGUUCCUCAACAGCAUUGGUAAGGGCAUGCCAAUGUCAAUGAAGUAUGCAUUGCUUGUUCCCAUGAGUAUUCAGCUGGACAUGGGAGAAGCUCGGGUCAACCUCAGAGAUUAUCCGCUGGACCUCUUGCACAUCCCGGCACUACGGCCCGGACAAUCCCCAAGAUUAUCAAGCUGGUCCCUGCGGACUAACUUCGUGAUUGCGGAGGAGUACCGCGAUCAUAAAUCUGCUAGACAGGUCAAGUUGGAGUUGGUCCCUUCAACAGAACUAUCAGAUGGGUCGAUAAGUCCGCCUUUCGCCAUCGAAGUCUGGCGAUCUGUUUCUCCUGUGAAAACAUACUCGGACCCCACCUUUGAAAUCAACACCAGUCUGCCCACAAGCAUUUCCUGGGGCAUGUCUUAUCAGCCCGUCAUUCAGGACAUGAUGAAGAUAAUUGAAGGUUUCACAAAGACCGAGAUCGAUCCGUCUGAUAGAGUCGGCUUCUGGGACAAGAUCAGAUUGAGUUUCCACUCGCGAAUUAAGGUAGUAUGGAAGGAGGACGGAGACGUCCAUCUCCGUCUCAAAGGAUCGCGCGACCCAUACGUUGUUACUGGAUUUGGUGGUGGAUUCGUAAUGUGUUGGCGCAAGGAUGUUAAAUGGGAGAUCCAUACCAGCGAUGAUCCAAUGGAGUUCAUGAGCGUUACGAGUGGGGAGUACGUGCUGGCAAUACCCGACUACAGCCACGAGGCACGAUAUAUGGCCGAGGCUACGGCCCAGGAUCUGGAAACGACAUCAUCUUCCAGCGACCUGAAGAAUGCGGCUCACUUCAAGAAAGUCGUUAUGAAGCUAUCGGGUGACGUGCGUCUGGUUGCUGGCUUAGUAUUCGAGCGGAACAUCAACGAGAAUGAACGGUCAUUCCAGUUCAGACCUCACUAUGAUGUUGUCCUUCAAAAUCCCCUCCUCAUCGACCCAGCACAUAAAGAGGACUAUGACGCCUACCGCGGCUUCCGCAGUAACCACAUUCAUCUAUCGAUCUCUGUCAUUGCACCGGUCAGCAGGAAUUGGUCUGUUGACUCCGUCCAGCCGUCUGCAAGCUACAAUACCGUGCAUCUGAGUCCCCGCUUCUUCACACAUUUCUUCAAUUGGUGGUCUCUAUUCUCCGGUGUUAUGUCAUUGCCAGUUCGACAAGGACCGCUGUGGCCUGGUGUCACAAAAACGAGCAAGAAGUUCAACCGUCAUUUAGCGACGGUCAAGUACAAGCUACUCUUUGCUCCACUGUUUGUUGCCCAUAUCUAUAAGCACAAGGAUCGCGAAGAUUACGCGGAAGAUGUCGUGACGGCUACCGGCAUCAAAGUUCGACUGGACAGUCUCAAGCUUGAUGUUCACCAAAGACGGGAACACGUCAAAACUCAGGCCAAGGGUCGCUUGAAGCAAACCAAGGCGAGUGCGAUGCGGAUCAAUCAGGCACAACUGGAUCUGCAGGCCGCAGACUUUCGUGCUGUUUCCGCCAGCAUUGAAGGCACAAAUUUCGAUGACAUCGAGAAAAAUAGGGAUGAUAUCCUGUCCUCCUUCCAACAGCCUGUCGCAUCGGUGGACUUGUCUCGGUUUACGAUCCCUGAUCAGAAUCUUGACUGGAUAGACAUGGACGAUUUCGUGGAAUUGGACUGGAUACUGCCUCAGGAGUCGAACCCUCGGACCCAGAUCUUGCCUCUGGCAUUCACGCCACGCUUCACGUACUUCCGCCAAACCGACCAUGGGCAGACAGUCCCAGAUGAGACUGGAUAUAGCUCAUUUGGUGACGAACCGACCCAUAUUUGUGUGAUGUCUGAGAACAAUGAGCCUCGUCGAGUGCAAAUGGAGUUGAUUAGAGAUCGCCUGGUCUCCGUCGAGGCUCAGAUGCGUGAUUGCAACCGGACCAUUGGUGAGCAGGAACUUCGCAUGGCGAAGGAGGUAGAUCAUGAUCCCGAGUUAAGGAAGCAGCACGCCGACUAUCUGAGGCAAGCAGAAACGUUGACACGGAGACGAGCGUUCCUUACAGCUGGUCUGCAACGCAUUGAAAGGCUGAUAGCCCGGGAGGAGAGGCAUCCAGUGGAAAGAAGCCCGGAAGCCUUCGCCAAUGACAGCGCUUCUAAGAUGGGAACUGACUCAGAUUCAACAAGUGACGCUCGGGACGCCGAUAUGGACGGACUCUACUCGGGCCCUGAUGACGAAUUGGCAAGCGAUUUCGACAAUCGGUUCAUCAUUCACAAUGUUCAACUCAAGUGGAACAAUUCGUUGAGGAACAUCAUGCUUCGUUACAUCCACCAAGUAAGCCAGAGACGGGGUUUCGUGUACUACAUGUCUCGGCGGGCAGUCAAGUUCAUCCUCGACAUCGUCGACGAGCAGAACAAGAACAAGCAAAAGCACUCGAAACUGUUCCGGACAGCAUCGAGACGUCCCUCGGAUGCUCGAGGCCUCGUGGAUAGCGAAGAUGAUGACAGUGUCGAAGAUCGCAUUGAGCAGCUGUUGAAUGAUGCCAAACGCUUUGUGAGCGCCGAAGAACAAGAGAACCAGGAGCAGAGAAAGCCGAGCACUCCUACAUCGGAGGGCUCCAGCGAAAAUAUUGCGCCAGAAUUUACACCUCAAAACAGUUAUCAUCUGCGGCUCAUCGCCCCUCAAAUCCAGCUCCAGAGUGAAAAGAACCAGAAAUCAGUGUUGCUGGUCGCCGCUAAAGGGAUGCAACUGCAGGUCAUCUCUAUCAUGGACAAGGAGCGAGUGUCUGAUGAUGUUAGCGGUCUGGUUCAACGUCGCUUCUCCCUUUGCAUGGACGGAGCCCAGUUCUUCGUGGCAACACAGAAGAAUCUAAUGAACCACCUCCAGUUCUAUGCAGGCAACAAAUAUGGCAAUUCACCAGGCUCAGCGUGGCCACCUUGGUUGACCCUAGAAGCAGUAUUCGACUUUGAGUUGAAUCCCUUUGGCUUCUCGAGGAUUAUUCAGAAGACUUCGGCGAGCUUGCGAUAUGACAAGUACAACAACCUUCGUCUGAAGUACAACGAGGAAGUGGCCAAGGGCCAACCAGGGCAACCUCUCAACAUUGAAGAGCAGGAGCCGAGGAUGGAUCACAUCAGUGUUGAUUUCCCUCACUUCAGAGCCAUCUGUGACUCGGCUGAGUAUUAUUCGAUGUAUAUCAUCGUUCUGGACCUCCUUCUCUAUAGUGAACCACUGGAAAAGGUCCGCAAUGAACGCUUGGAGAGGAUCAUGCUCACGUCCGAUUUCAGUGACUUGAGGGGUGCUCCAGAGAUGGUGUUCAAACUCCAAGCCCGCAUUCGACAACUAGAGGAGAUCAAAGAGCAUUUCCAGAUCCAUGCCAAGUAUUUGGACAAGCAAGGCUGGGAAGAUCGCUUGGUCCUUGAGAAAGACCUUACUCAAUGCGAGGACGAGCUGUUCUUCCUGAUGAAAGCCAUCACAAGCUCCCAAAGAAAGAUUGACCCGACCAUGUCGAAAGCGAAUGGAGUCCUUCGCUGGAAUAUUUCAGCCAGUGAGGUUGUGUGGCAUUUGAUGAAGGAUCAGUCCGAACCAUUGGUUGAAUUUCAGCUGAGGAAUGCUGCUUAUGAUCGCACAGACAACAGUGACGGUUCGAACCAUAAUGAAGUUGCGGUCGAGCGACUGUAUGGCUUGAAUCUGCUCCCAGAUGCGAUCUAUCCCCAGAUCAUCGUUCCUUACCUUGACCAAGCUCGCAGUCUCGACGGGCCGGAUGAUUAUAUGAUCAAGGUCAAGUGGCACAUGCUCGAGGCAGUUGCUGGCAUACCAGUUGUGGACGAUUUCGAAGUUUCUCUUUUCCCUCUCAAGGUCCAAUUGGAGCAGGUGCUCGGCCAGAAGGUAUUUGAGUACAUGUUUCCAAAUGUUGGGUCAACUGCUUUCGAAAAUGGCGGGUUUUCACCCUUCAUGAUCAAAAACAUGAAGCCUAUCGAUGGCUCAUCUGACUCCGAGGAGGAGGAACGCCCAAAGACAUCCCCUGGACUUGAACAGAGCGAUAUGUCAACAGACGAUUUGUCCUUGAAGGGGACCGGGGCUAUUGAGUUAAGACUCCAGCCCACGCUUUCUCUGGCGGAGGAGGCUAGGCCUCGAUCCCAGCAUCGCCAUCUCAAGGGCCUUGCACUGACUCCUAUCCACAAGGAUAAAGAUCCAAACCUUUUGAUGCGCCCGUCGACGAGCGGGGCGUUGAGCAAGAAGAGAUCAGUCGACAGCCUACGCAUGUUGUCAAGACAGCCCACAGAGAAGUCGCUAGUGAACACUGCCGGAACGAAUUCCACUGGCGACGAAAAGUCAAAGAAAUUCGCUCUUGGAAGACCCAGCAAAGGCAAGUCCAAGGAGACUCCGGAUGACCUGGCUCAGAUGAUGUCACGUGCAUCGAACUAUAUGACGUUGGCUCAUGUCAAGGUGCAUGACGUGGUGCUCUGCCUGAGUUACAAAGGCAAGGGUGACCACAAUCUGGAGGAUCUUCAUGACUUUGUCUUCCGAUUGCCGGUGCUUGAGUAUCAGAAUAAGACAUGGUCGAACCUGGACCUGGCUCUGCGUCUCAAGAAGGACGUUAUCAAGGCUCUUAUCUCGCAUGCACCUGCGAUUCUCGGCAACAAGUUCUCUCAUCAUCGACCUUCCAAACAGCAACAACAACAACAGAAGCGGUAUCGCGAGCUUGUAAGCUCAUCCCAGCUUCUACAUAAUUCAGACAGUGUUGUGCAAUCGACGUCUGAGAAAGCCAGUAGCCUGGCCAGUGUCGACUCAAACAGUGAAUACUCGGAGUCACAACGCUCCGGACAUUCGGGGACUUUGCCGCUUGCGCGGUCAAACUCACUCGGGUCUAGCAUGCUCAGCAUUAAUGAACCGAGUGGAGUGAUCUCUGAUUCUCGGUCGGCGAGCGAGGUUGAUGUGGAUGCUCGUUGGGAACAAUCUCGCCGACUUGUCAAUCCUCCCAGCAGACCAAUGACGUCGGGUCAAGCUCUGCCUCGGUCUCAGACCACCAAGCUCUGGGAUGGACCGGAAGAAAGUAGUUCCAGCCACAAGACCGCAUCAAUCCGCAACUUUGGCCGCAAACUAAUGCCUUCUCGGAAAUAA